AUACCAAUAUACAAUCUUACACAUAAUGAUUUGACUGGUGUAUGGCUCUCGACAUCAUAACCGACAAUACUUUUCUAUUAGCCUAACUGUGACUCAACAACAAUCCACAUAUUAGCCUACUGAUUGUUUGAGUGCCUCAGGAAGUAAUGCGAUACCUGUCUGCAUGGCGGAAUAUUUUGCGUUUAGUUUAGGUGGUUAGUUAGAAAUAGUAAUGUAGCAAUGGAGUGAGCUCCAUGUAAUAUGUCUAGUAUGAGCCAGUUGACAGGGCCUAAUGACGCUUCACUUGAGCAUUGCUUCACUAAUAUUUUCGCCUUGACUGAUUUCAGUGGUAUACAGUACAGAAAAUACAUCCUUCAUACUCCCAAAGAGUAUCAUGACCCGCUAAACGAUCCAAUUAUUAAGUCUUACACACUGUGCCAAAAGUAUGGCGUUCUUUCAGCCUGGGUGCGCUCAAAGCCAGAGUCAUCUGACUUAUCAAAUCCUUGCGCUUUUUCGAAGUUCGCUAAAGAGCUCUGGGUGUUUUGGUAUGGAAACGAUGACUUUCCAAAUGCUGAUAGCUGUAUACUGCCAGAACUACGUAGGGAGGACCAUGGAAACUGGCGACAAGGUUUAUCAUAUGAAACAAGAACUGUCUUGUUUCGAGCCUUGCACAACGUUGUUGAAAGAUGUCUGCUUACUAAAGGGUUUGUGCGCUUGGGCAAAUGGUUUGUACAGCCUCGUAAAUGCGGUUGCAAUGAUGACAACGUACAGUACAGUGUCAGUUUUUCGUUCUUCCUACACGGCGAGAGUACGGUGUGUGCCAGUCUCGACAUUCGUCAACACGCUGCUGUCCAAAGAGUUGGAGUUGAACACAUUCAGAGUUGUGUCACAAGUCAGUCAACCAUACCUGUCAUCCUGGCACCUUAUGGACUAUCUGCAGAGCUGACGGGUUUCGGUUUUGAAAAGAAGGACGGAGAUCUGAUGGUUGAAUCAGAAGCAUGGUCGACUUUUUACCCUCUCAGGCCCAGUCACGAAUGUGACCCUUCUAUGAGUGGUGUAACUGGUCUGCCGUUUUUUGCUAUGGCUACUCCUACGCAUCAGAAUCCACGUCAGCAGAAUAGAUUUGGUAGUGAUAAGAAGCGGACAGUAGAAGAAAUCAAUCGACGGUGUCUAGACACCCCACCCAAAUUUGUUGAGGUGAUUGUUGAUGGUUUUCGUAUGAGAUACCCAAUGUGCUUUGUUUUAAUAACCUCUGUAAACGAUUCACCUAGUCAACCGGAAUAUAACCCAACACCUUACGGUGAAGCAAUUCAUUUAUCAGACGUUUCCGGUCAUAAUUUAUCUACGAACGUAUCGGCGCCCUAUAUGUCGAACAAAUGUUCUAUGUAUAAUGCCCAUAUUCCGAAUAAGAUAAAAACAUCACGCUUCUGGAGAGUAAACAAACGGAAAAAACGCCCGUCUAUUAAAAUGAACACACCUGGGACGUCUUUGCUGAAAGCAGUUAUUCCUAAUAGCUCUUUGCAGUCUGAUUUCUUAGUAGAUGUUCGUCAUAUCUACCUAGCUGGAAGAACUCUACAGUGUGCAUCGCAACAUAAUCGUCUUCCUUCUAUGAAACCAGAGUGGCAAUCAAAACGGUCACAUUCUACUGAUAAAAGUGAUAUGGGUUGUAGUACUGAUGGGCUCAUAACUUCAGUAUCACCCGAAAUGUGCUCAUUGUACAUACAAGAUCCAUGUACUGUCUUGCCGUGCUGCUGCAACAGGUUUUCUCGGGUUCGUCGCACUUCUGUUGGUGGUUCGUUUCAUCAGCAAGAUCCCUGUAUCCGACAUUCUUUGAAGUCAUCUAUUCAUUUCAAUGUCCCGCUCUGUGAUCGUCCAAGGACUCCACUCCCAAUGAUUACAACCAACUUAACUGCAACCCAUGACCCAUCUAUGCCUACUCUGAGCCCUCAGCAACCAGCUCCAAACCAAAAUUCAAACCUUAGUUCUAAUACCCUCAAUGAAUUAAAUAACGAUUUCGUUUGUGAUCAGAAUACUUCCCAGACCACACCUUCAUCCACUCACCUUUCAACAGCGCCACAACCUCCAUCACUUCUUCCUAAACCUGAAAGUAAUUCAGCUUUAUCUUCGAUUGUAAAGAUACCUAACGGUUUGGUGACCACCGAUUCACCCGUUUCUUCAGAUCAUCAAACGCAAUAUGCAAAAAUGUCAGCCCGACACAUUCCGAUCGCUUCUGUAUCUGUAAUGAAAAGGAAUUUAUUCAAUACUUGGUUAGCCAGACAUGCAGCCCAGGAAUUGCAGAAAGAACCAUCUAGUGACAUAAAGCGUCCAAGCUUAUGUCUCAGCAUUCCAGAUCGAAUUGAAAGAGAACAGUAUAUAUGCCCAGAAGGCAUUGCUUUGCAAUCUGCCCUUGAGCAAUCAUCCCCAUCCUUCCCGAAUUAUAGUAUUAUCGAUGACAAUACAUCGUACAAAGAAAAUAAUGUAACUACUGACGAGUAUUCGUUUAGAAACAAACGCCCUCGUACUGCUAUCUGCCGCACUGAUUUCAACGAAUGCAGUUUGAACGAUGGCGCACAAGGAAUUACGACAGAUAUCACAAAUGUCAACUUCACUUCUGCCAAUCCAUAUUCCCCGGAUAUGAAGGUCGGAGUUACAGAAUGCAAUGGUUUAAUCGAUGACCAACACAUUAAUCCAGGAGCAUUGGAAACCAAUACUCAUUCUGGAUUGAUGCAUUCUAACGGUUCCGUCAUGAAUAAUUCAAGUGGCACUUUCAGUCGCAACGUUGGACUAAUCACUCACAGAGGAGUCAGUCUCGCUAGCAGUACAGGUUCUGGACCGAUCGGACCAGCGGAACUAGCUUUAAUGCUUCCCACACCACCAUCCCAUGACGCACCUCAACCUAGUCCUGUUGAUGGUGUUUCAGUGUCCACCAACCGUAUGAACCCUUCAACAACUUCAGUAAGCACCCCUGGGCCUGGCUCCCCGUCUGUUCAAACAAUCCAGGACUCAUUAUCUUCCAAUGUAACAGACACAUCGUCACAUUCGAUUCCUGUACCUUUCCAGUCUGCCAAUUCGCCACCGUCUUGUCAAAAUCAAGGAUUAUGGCAUCUUGCUAAACUGCCUUGCAUUCAAAACCUCAGUAGCGUGAGCAUGGAAUCUCAAGACUGGUCUUUCGUUCAACCUUGCGCUGCCUAUCUCGGUAUGACAAGUAACUAUCAAAUCCCUCAUGACGAACUUUCAUUAUUCGCAAAAUCUCUACCUCAGCUGAAAUGGUCGUAUGACCAUCGUGCAUCAAACCAAAAAUCUGUCACGUCAGAUUGUUUAGAUUCACAUUUUACACCUAAUGGGUUGGUCGUUAACACUGGAAAUCAGUCUGUGACAUCUAAGUCUUGGUUAACGUCUCCCAAUUCUUUUCCUCCAACUUCAUUACAUCGAAAUGUUUCAAACACUGAUAAUAAACCUUGUUCACCUCAACAACUGAAUGAGUCUGGGACUACCUAUUCCAUCACAGGGUUUGUGAAGUCAGCAGAUUGUAUGAAUUCUAAUACCAAUUACGUAGAGGAUUACACAGAGUGGUUAGCCAGCCUACUUGAAACCAAUGGACUUUUAGUAAAUUUAAUCCUUUCAGAUUCUAUGCUAAAUUUAUUCAAAGAUCAUAAUUUUGAUUCCUGUAACAUUUGUGAAUGCACGUCAUCCAUACUUGGCUCUGAAGUUGGUCUUUACUUAUCCAAUUCUGUAUCUACAACGUCACCUUGUAGUAGAUCAGGACGAACAAACACUUCAACUUUUGGAAGUCAUGACCUAGUUGGCGGGUCUGGGUUCCAUUUUACACGAGGAUGUAAAUGUGGUUUCAGUGCUGUAAUGAAUCAGAAAUAUGUAGUUAAUGGAAAUUUAUUCUAUGAAGAUGAGAUUGAAGUAACCCGAUUGUCUGUUCGAUCUUCUUUGAGUCAGAACAAUGAAAAUCCAUAUACUCGUCCACCGAACUACCGAACACGUCCAGGUUGGUGGGUAACCAGUUCUCAUCCUUCUGUUAGUCAUUUACUUUUACUUCAACGGAUAAUGAGUAGCGUAUUUGAAGAAUUUAGUGUACGACAGAUAACUGAUCAACUAAGAUGGAAUAUGUUGUCGUGUGACCAAGUCAUUAAAGAAAAUAAACUAGAAUAUGAUGAUGCUUGUGCUCUAAUUUCGUCGGCUAUUCGCAAUUCCGUUGAAACAGUGCGUCCACGCAGAGUAGUUGGCCAUGUUGACAAUAUUGAUUCCAUUGCCAAUGGUACACCUCAUCCGGCUUCCGAAACUGGUGCGUAUAUUCACCCAUCUUUUUUUCUAAAAGCUCAUUCUAAGAUGCCUCAAAAUCAAAACGACCAGAUUCGCUUAUUAACAACAAUGCGUCCUUGGCUUCAGGAGGCCAUUUCGUCUACUCGUAUGUUAGAAUCAAACUAUACGGUUGAUGGACCAUUAACUUGGAAAGCAUUUCAUCAACUUGCUGGUCGAGGCUCUGAUGAAACUUGUAAACCUCAACCGAUUCCUCAGUUGCGCGUUAGCAGUUGCGACCAAGAAAACUUGUUAAUUUCUCCAUUCGCUCUUCGUGAUUGGGACCGAUUAUCACUAUUUCCAUUAUCGCGACCUAAACGUAUUGCUUAUGCUGUGAUCUUGCCUUCUGACUCUCAUAUACUCUCUGAUUUGACAUCUAAUAUUCUAAUGUCUGAGGGCACCGAUGCAAAUUCUUCAUCGACCUCAAACUCCUUAAGACGUACUCUUGUUGAUUUUCUGAAAGAGCUGUCACAUACCUAUGAAGCUUGUCAUCUUGGCCAGCAUUUCCCGUAUUACAAACCAGAAGCAGGUUCUCCUGAUACAGCGUUUAUACCCGUCUUUCCAAAUCCAGAACGUCUUUCAAUAUCAGAAUCUGAUAACUUCGUAAGUAUUCAUCCGGAUCUUCUGAAAACUCUUACAGAACAACUAGGUAAUCAUUCACUAUGUGGAGAAUCAAUACUACGAAUUAUUCAGAACUACGCCUGCUCUUCAGUGAACUCCGCCAUAGCUGCAUUGAAGAAACACGGUGUUGCUGUGGAGUUUAGUUCUGAUACGAAUCUUCGCUCUGCCUUGUUCCCACCUUUUGAAUCAAUAAAAUCAGAGAAGCCUAGCGUCCCUGUUAAAAUCAGUCAAGAUGAUAUAAAAUUGAAUAUUGUAAACCGACUUUCAGUUCCGAGCAGAAUGGAUAGUGGCUGCUCUGUACGCUACAGUAAUGGUGAUGGUUCCUUCACCACAUCCCUGGAUACAUCCUCUUGGGGAGCGGGGAGUGAUGUUUAUUUAGUAAUAUACAUUCUAAAUCCUUUCUGCUACUUGUAUGAUAUCAGUAUGGAGCUUGGUCGUCUUGUUAUGCAGUCAUUAGUCGGUUCUGCCAAUCAUAUAUUGAAUUCCUUACCUGAAUCGUGGCGUGCACGUGUCACUACACAAAUUUUAUCAGUUGAUCAUGUCAUGUCUGACUAUUUGCCCCGUUUACGACCUUUAGCACUGGCAAUUUACACAUCUGUGAAUCGUUUCAUUGAACCCAGUUUAAUAAAUGCAAAUCGUACAUUAACGGGUAUAGGUCCAGCAGCUGAAAAGGAAAUUAUUUCAAAUGACAAAGAUGGCUUCCACAAACGAACUAUAUUUGCGCCUCCAUAUACACUCAUGAACUCACGUGAUGUACUCAGUCAACUAGAUAUUUCAUCAGAACCUAUUGACCGGUCAUCUGUUUUAUUUGUUGCAUAUUGUCUUUCACAAGAUCAACAAUGGCUUCUUGCUACAUUUACAGAUGAACAAGGUGGAUUAUUAGAUCAUACUUUAAUUAAUAUUCGUGUCCCAACAAGAUAUUUUACUGAAAUAGAAAAUCAACGUUUUCAACCAACAGAAUCAAAUAAGCAUAUAUUAAGCCCUCGUCGUAUUGGGCUUGCACGACUUUGGGAUUAUAUUAUUAAUUUAGUAAGUCAAACUGCCAACGCUUGGCGACUUGUAGUAGGAAGAAUUGGUAGGUUGGGACAAGGAGAACUAAAAGGUUAGUUUCAUUCUCUAAAAAUAACUAUUGUACUCUGAUGGGUAUUACAUAAUAUUUGCAUAUCGGGAACCUUUAUUUUUAAUAAUAUAUUAGUUUUUUUAAAGAUAUCCAGAAAUUACAUUUCGUUUUCGCAAGUUUAUCGUCUGAUAAUUACUUAAUCAUCUCGUUUUUUUCCAGAAUUUGUGUUAUCGGUUACAAAAACCUCGGAAAUAUUGGUUAAAUAUCCUUCAAAAACCUGAUUGUCGACAGCACCUUAAGAUGUGAGGUCAUGUAAAGAGUUUCCAGUGAUCCUUUUAAAAAUCCUGCUGAUAAAGUAAAUUAUCAUGCGAAUAGACUGUAGUUAAUGCCUCAUUCUUUUCCUAAAAGACUUCAUUAAAAACUUGUCCCGGUUUAAACACUGUUACUCCCUUUUUAUCAAUCAGUCUUAUCAUAUGUCACGCAGAACCUGACAUAUAUAUGCCUCAGUUCAAGCUGCCACACUACAUUAGCAAAACAUGAUAAAAAUAUCAAGACAAAUCUCGAAUUGAUAGAAGUAAUAACAGUAUUAGUAGUAGUGAGAAAGAUUAAGUAUACAAAGAUUAGUAUAUGGAAAUUUUAGGAUUUAGGUACUAAGAUAAGGUAAAGGAAGAUUGCAUGUGGGUCAUUCUGGACGAUUCACUUGAAGCCUCUAACCAGUGGCUACGAUAGUCUUAGACUCCUACAGGGUACUCUACACUUAUUAACAUAACCCCGUUCAGUCGUCAAUGAUAUUAUUGACUCAUUUGGUUCCCGCAACUUCCUUUUGGCCUACACCCACACAUGAUGAUGUCAUACUGAAAUAGGUCGUAGUAGAGCACCGGUAACAUGUCUCAACCACCUCAGUUUAUGAAGAUUCACUAGUCCACCGACCGACUAAUCAUCUUUACUAAUUACCCUAUGCCUAGCCUCAGCAUUGGUCACUCGGUAGUCCCAAAAUACUUUAGUGGUGCUUCAAAGAUACUUAUAAUUAAAUACUAGUAAACUACGAACAGCCUCUAUUCUUUACGACCAUGCUUCACCUGCAUAGAUUAGAAGAGAGCGAACUGCUUUUCAGUAGGUUAGUCCUUCUUUCUACGGAUGGACAUACCGCGUACGCAACAGAUGAUACAAGUUGGCAAAAUCCAUGUAGAGAUUUCGUCCAGACACCAGCCUACCAGGGCGGGGGAGAUGAAACAUCAACAUCCUCGACUACAUCACCCCCUGUCAUUACUUCAGGUGUUGACAAAGACUGAUCUUGACAUAGCGUUUCGGAUUUAGGUAGAGACUCACAUCCCAAACUUUCUUGCAUUGUUGCUUAAAGCGGUAUAAAGACAGCACUUUGUCAGGGUUUUCACCAAAUAGAACUCAUCAUCUGCAACAAGUGAACUUCCUAGUAGGAGAUUAUUUCUUGGAAAUCUAAAAGAUGAGAGCUGCCUCCAAAACGGUGUCUGUGAUAAAGUUGAAUAAAAAUGGCGAAAUUGGACAGCCUUAACAAACAGCACUUGAGGUUCACAGUUCUUGCGACGAUUCGGUAUAAAUUCUAACCUAACCAGUAAUGUUCUAAUCGAAAACCUGUACAAGGUUGAUGUAUGCCCUUUGAUCCCAGGAACUUCACAGGACUUCUCGACGAACGAAAUCGAACACUUAAGAUCAACGAGUAUAUUUUAUUUUACACAUCCACGUUUAGGUCUCAAACUAGCCUCGUUUACCUGAAUUCGCUUUUUAUUGGCUGUAUCUAAGCGUGUGAUGACUAUAGCGGCUAGUAUUUUGGACACUAUAUUAAUUGACUUGAUCCCUCUGUAAUUGUCACAAGGGGAUUUUUUAUCCAUUCGUGUAAGCUGGGACAUUCAGCAAUCAAGACCAGUCAAAUGGGAUUACAUCUAGUCCCCACAUUCUAACUAAUAUGUUAGUGAUUAUAACUGCUAAAAGUGAACCACAAUUCUUGGAAAUCUCUAAGUUAAUUUUUCAGAACUUUCAAAGCUAAUACUUAUUGAGAUUAAUGCUUAAAAGAAUAUCUUGUCGAAACUUAACAAUAUUUCACUUAUUCACUGUUGCUGUGAAUAAGUAAUAUGAAACUAUUGAUAUUAAUUGUUUUAAAUCGUUCGUUACAUUUUGUAGGUUGGAAUGGACUGUUAGGACGCAAAAGCCUUCAGGAUGUAAAUAAAUUUUUUCGAGAGCGCUGUACUGCAUGUAGUAUAUCAUCUUGUGUUCCUUCACAUUCGUCAUCCAUUAAUAAUGGUUCUAAGCCUAUGUUGAAUCUUGUCAAUAGUUUCACUGGAGCCAGUAGUUGUACUCAUGAACUCCCAAGUUUGAUCAGUGCGUGUCUUGUUUCUCUCGAACCUCAAAGCACAUUUCGUGUAUAUCCUGGUUUUGGUUUGUGUUCAGAUGAAUCAUGGACGUACGGUGGUGGUGGUGGCGGUGGUAAUGCAGGUGGUGGUGGUGGCUCUGGAAGUGCAGGUAGCGCUGGUGGUAGUGGUGGUCUGAGUAACGGCGCUAACAGUGCAUUUUAUGGAGCCAAUGCUUCACCAUUAGCUAUGCGUAUGAUGUCACUUUUAGAUACUCCAACAACGUCUACGGAAACACCUAGUGCAACCCAUAUUCUUGUCUUUCCUACUAGUACUUCAGCAAGUGGUGUGUCUGAACAUGAACCUUCAGGAUUAGCUGAGGUCAUCUAUGGUAUGGGGUCCGAUGAUAUGAAUGUAUUUGACUGGCUUCUUCCGAACGAUCCUGGCCUUGAUGAUCUCGUUCCUCCAAACGGAUCAACAGCAGAAAUGUUGGCUGACUUCGGUAAUCCAUCUGAAUUAAAUUUCGGCCUGUCCGACUUAGGUCCACCUGUUUGUGUCAGUGGUGUUAAUGAUGGUACGGGGAAGUCAUCUAAUGGUAGAUUAGGCGAUGGUAGUGAUGUUUUGCAUGGACACAAUGAGUACGCUGUCGGUUUUCAUGAUAAUCGGGGACAUGGGUGUUCUGAUGUUAUGGGUUUACGUGGACUUGAUUCUGGACUACUAGAUCUGGGACCAAAUCAUGUAAGUAACGUUGGAGGUUAUUUGAGUGAACAUUCAAUCGGUCAUGCUAUAAAUCCUCUCAACACAAUGCCUUUCGGAAUACAUGAUCCUACAGAUGAAGUGGGAAGUUUGAUGCAACAACCCUUGGCCAUGGGAUAUUACAUAUCUACAGCUUCUGCCGGUCCACUGCCCUCGUGGUUUUGGAUUGCUUGUCCGCAUUCCAAAUUUCAGUAUCCAGUUUGCUUGAAGUCUGCUCUGCAUUUACAAACCACAUUGGUUGGUGUUGAUGAUGCUGCAGCCGCAGCACCUCCACCGACUGGAGGUUCAAGUGGUCCAGGGGUUGGGCCGUCGUCAAAUCGUCCGGGACAUCUUCUAGAUUCAAGCAGCACAUGUGAUGUAUUAAGAUACGUUUUAGAAACAUAUAAUGCUUUAUCUUGGUUAACCAUUGAUCCAACAACAAACGAUCGUAGAACUUGCUUACCUAUUCACAUUCUUUCCUUAUCACAAAUAUACCAGGCUUUUGAAGCAUUCACUUGAUUUUAUUGCAUCUCUGUAAUUUAUUUGUAAAUAUUAAGUAAUGUCUUUUUUUUUUAAAAAAAAGAAUGAUGGCAGCUUGUAUUAUGCCAAUAAAUCUUUCAAGAAAAUUUAAUGAUUUCUCUAUCACAUCCCUUAUUAUUUACAUUUUAUCCUUUCACUUAUUUGUUCUUGCCAGUUUGUAAAUUGAUAUUGUUUAUUUCCAUCAGGGUAGAUAUUACUUAAUCAUCAUGAUUAUGAUAAGAAUAAUUGUAUUAUCAAUCAUUUAAUUAUGUUUAUUGAUUGACCUUACAGAUAUUUCAUGUGUUAAUUUAUUGUGAUUUUUUGUACAGACUUAGUGUAUAUGCUUUUCUUUCUUGGACAAUUCAUUUCAACCGGUGUAUAGAUAUUUUUAAACAACAGAAAAA